GAUAUGGCCUGCAACCCAGGCAUGUGCCCUGACUGGGAAUCAAACUGGCGAUGCUUUGGUUCACAGGCCUGCGCUCAAUCCACUGAGCUACACCAGCCAGGGUCUUAUUUUUCUUAUUUCUUAAUGAGAGGUACUAGCAUAUUAGGAAGAUCAGCCCUGUGUUUAGAUCUGUGACAUGUUUUACUCUGAGCUUAUAUUGUAACUUUUAUUCUCUUCAUACAAAAUUUCUAAAUUUUUGCAUCGCCAGUUGUACCUAGUUUUUCCUCUGUGGCUUUCCGGUUAUGUCCUUAGGGUUUUGUGUCACACUUAGGCAGGUCUGCCCCACUGCAAGGUAGCAGUAUCCUCCCAGCUUGCCUCUCACCUCUGCCCUUGCCCAGACCCCUCACUCAUGAGCCUAUUCUUGACACAGCAGCCAAAAAAACCUGUUCAGUACCUAGGUCUGGUCAUGCUACUCCUCUGCUUAGAAAAUCCAAAUGGCUUUCCAUCUUGGAGUAAAAAACAGUGACCUCAUACUCAUCCAAGGCCCUUGUAUCUCCCCUCGUCUUUUUGCUCCCACAGCUCCAGGCGCAUCCAUCAUGUUCCUACAGUGUUUCAAACACUCCACUCGGGCCUUUGCAUUCGCUGUCUUUCUCCCUGAAACACCUGCCCUCCAAAUGCCUCAGUGCCACCCUCCAUUUCCAAUCGUAAACCCCAUAUUUCUUUUAUUUUUCUCCUUUGCACUGACACCCACCAUCUAGUACACUCUGUUUUCCUAUAUUGCUUGCCUCCAUGUUUGUCUGUUACACACAAAUCCCAUGAAGGCAAGAGCUUUGUUUUGCUUUAACGUGUACCUCCAGCUUCCAGAACAGUGCCUGGCAUAGUAGGUGAAUGAUAAAUAUUUGUGUGAGAAAGGCAAAUUAAGCAUUGCUCACCCAUCAGAUUGGCAAAGGUUAAAAUGUAAUGUGUUGACAAGUGUGUAAGUGGCAUCGUAGUGGGUUCAAUGUUUGGUAACUUGGCCCUGAAGGCACAGAUGCGGGUACUCUGCUCGGUAAUUGUUUCUGGAAUGUGUGCGAGGGGUUGGCCGUUGUAUAUAAGAAAUGUAUUGCUCACAGACACUAACUGUGCCUGCGUCUGAAAAGGCAAAGAUUGGAACAACCUAUAUGAACACCAACGGGGUAAUUAUCAAAAUUUGUGGCACAUACGAUUGAACGUUAUGUUGGUUUUUUUUUUUUUUAAAAGAGCAAGACCGAGAAUGUCUUUUAUGAACAAUCCCCCAAAGCAAUCGGUAAGAGGGGGAAAGGAGCAGAAAUGCUGUUAUUUGUGUAGAAGACAGGAUGUUCCGCGUUAUGAAAAACUGGUCGAAACCAGGUGCUAGGGGACACUUACUCUUUUUAAAUAUUGAACUUUGUGAAUCCUGUCCUUAUUCAUACAGCUUUUUAACUAAAUAAACUGGAAAGACCUUGAGAGGGGAAAAGAUUUUUAAAGCCGGGCUCGCGGGCCCCCAUGCUCCAGUCAGCCAGUCGACCCCGGCUGGGUCCUCCGCGGAGGGCCUGCGGCCACUGGGAGGCGCUGCGGCCACUGAGACGGGCUUCCUAGAGUGACCGGAAGUGCUGAUUGGUGUUUGGGGGGCGGCCUUUAUCCCCGCCCGCCUAGGGCACUCUGUCGCUGGUUCCUUCCUGUGCCGGAAGGUGUUGGGGGCCGGACAGUGUUGGGGCCCCGGCGGGGAGGCGUGGGACAGGUCCUGGGCCUGGUUAGGGACUGGGCUGGGGGAGCGCCCGCGCCACCUCCCAGAGAGGACCGCGGCUGCGGCUGCGAGUGGUCCCAGGUCAGCCCGAACCAACCCGCUGAGCCGGGUGUGAGCCGGUGUCGGUUUCACGGGCGCCCCUGAGAGUUCGCCAGACCAGGCGGGACCGGAGGUCUGACUUGUGCUGAGUUAGACUGGGACCCGUGUCCUCGCGUCAGCCCCGGUGCUUUUUGGGUUCCCAGCCUCUCGUUAUUUCUCUGAGACGAGAUUACAAGAUUCUCCUCGAAUCGAUCCCAAGUAGAGGACUGAUCUGAGGGUCAGCACAGAAUGGCCACAGCCCUGGCCCCUGGGGGACAGCGAGGCCCAGCAGCGGUGGAGGAAGGAGAGCGCUGCGGAGGCUGGGGCUGCACCGGGCCGCGCAGGCGGGAGCUCUGUCGGAAGCUAUUCAGGGCGCUCUGCUACCGGGACGCCCCGGGGCUCCGGGAGGCUCUGGCCCGGCUCCGCGUACUUUGCCGGCUGUGGCUGCGGCCAGAACGCCACACGAAGGAGCAGAUUCUAGACCUGCUGGUACUGGAGCAGUUCCUGAGCAUUCUGCCUGCAGACCUGCGAGCGUGGGUGCAGGCGCAGCACCCUGAGACCGGGGAGGAGGCGGUGGCUGCGUUGGAAGAGCUGGAGAGGGAGCUCGAUGAACCUCCGGAGCACGUCCAAGCCCAGUCAGAAAGACAGGACACACUCCUAGACAAGUUGGCCCCCUCGGGGAGGCCACAUGAGUCACUGGCUGCCCAGCUCCUCCCCAAGAAGACCCAGCAGGAACCCCAGGCGAGUGGUAAGGAGCAGCUUUCAUGUGAUAAAGCCAGGACUGAGAAUGAAGAGCUGUCCCGGAAGGAAGAUGUGCCCAAGGAUAGGGAAUUUCUCGGGAAGGUAAACAGCAGAGUGAGCAAAGAUAUUCCUCAGCAUCCCAAAUCCAAAGAUGCCUCUGAAAGUGAGGGCAGGCUAGAGAGGCAACGGGGGGAAAGAAGACACUACAAGUGUGACGACUGUGGGAAAAGCUUUGGUCACAGCUCAGCCCUUAGUAAGCACAGGAGAACUCACACUGGAGAGAAACCCUAUAAAUGUGAUGAAUGUGGGAAAGCCUUCAACCAACGCUCACAUCUUGUCGGACAUCACCGAGUGCACACUGGAGUGAAGCCCUAUAAAUGUGAUGAAUGCGGGAAAGAUUUUAGUGGGCGCUCAGGUCUUGUGCAGCAUCAGAGAGUCCACACAGGUGAAAAACCCUACGAGUUUGAGGAGUGUGGGAGGCCUUUUCGGGUAAGUUCAGCCCUUAUUAGACAUCAAAGAAUUCAUGCAGCAAAAAAACCCUACUAGGAAUGGGUCAGUAACACCAGUUCCUUAGCAGCUCAGGUCUAAUUAGAGACCUUAUGUGUAUCCUGAAUGUAGUCAAAGCUUCAAUCAUCAUUAAAAAUUUCCCUGGCAUCACAGAAUCACCCAAGGACAUUUCAGUUCUUUUCUAUGAUGUACCAGUGGUGGAACCGGCCAACCAGAUAUGUAAUUACUUGAAAUAGAUGAAAACGGCUUUUGAAAUUACUAACUAAAACAAUACCAUUUGUUUACCAUCAUUGUUGAUAUAAUGGCCUAAAUACCUAAAUGCUUAUUCCUUUUUUUAUCUUCAGUAGGGGAUAUAAUCAUUUUGUGCAAUUUUUUUCUUUGCCAAUGAUAAAAAGGAAACCAUGAGAACAGUCAGCAGGCCAACGAAGACAAAAUGGGAAGGAAAGCAGUAAGUGAGGAGUAGGAGCUGCCGGCACAGGUGGUAGGGGGUGUAAUGAGUGUGUUCAGGAUCCGUAACUCCAGACAUGUCACUUCUCUUCUGAAUAGAAACCAGUGAUUUUCAACUGCUGUAUGACAGGAAUUUUUCAAACAUGUAGUACCUGACUGUUUAGUCAGGGGCACUGACCUCAUUUCCCUUAGAUUGUCAAAUAAAAA